AUGAUGAUCGGGAGAGAGCCGGGAGAGUUGGGAGAGGAGAAGGGGCGAAAACUGUCGGCAUCCGAGAGCAGACCGCAGCCCCUUGCCCACCUUGGCGGCGACUGCGCUGUUAGCCGCCCCGGCGAUCUGCGGGCCAAGCCUUGCACGCAGCUCGAGUGCGACGCCGGCAAGCGGGGCGGCCACUCGGGGCUUCUCCUUUCAGCAGCCUCUCCCGAUCCACCAGUCAAGCGGCGGCAGCGACAGCAGCAGCAGCAGCAGCAGCAGCGACGACGGGGCGGCAGGGAGCAGGCAGAGGCCGAAGGGGCGGCGGCGGCGGCGGCGGCAAACCCGAGCGAGCGAUUCGAGUACCGUUUUCGGCUCCUGGUCUGGAGCCCUUUAGGGUUCCUCCUUCCCGGAACGACUCCGGGCUUCCAGACACCUCCGGGCUGCUGUGGCGCUGGACGGUGCUUUCCCCCAACCGGAGCGAUUGGCGACCCGCGACCUUCUCCCGGCUCAUCGGAAGGGUUGUGCCCGCCACCACCGACCGAGGCUGUUGCUGCAGGCAUCCGGACGGCUCCUUCUCCGACAUCUCCGCCAAAGGUACCGCAUCCCCCGGAUUCGGCUGGAAGGAAGAGUUCGCAGCUCCUUCGCAAGAGAGAGAAAAGAGAUUCGCCUUCCGAAACGACUGGGGCGGGACACCGCAACGAUUUCGGGAUGUUGGUUGGCCUUCCGUGGACGCGUAUUCCGUCCAUUGGUUUGAGUGGGUUUUCGCCAGAUCUGACGACGUCCUCCUCUUCUUCUUCUUCUUCUUCUAGCCACGUGCUGUCUGUUUGUUUGAAAUGUUUUCUGUUGGCUGCUCUUUAUCAGCAUGGGAUCUAAUGGAGUCUAGUCCCAUUUCCUGCCCUGCCAGUGGCUGAAACAAUUAUAUCCCAGGAUAUAAUUAAUCCAGGCAAUUAUAUCCCAGGAUACUCUUUCUUUACCCUUAAGGCUUUGAUCCAGGAUCAAGUCAGAGUACCAGUUUGUUCUAAGUUUGUUGUUGAAAGCCUGGUCAAGAAACCAGGAGACUGUGAGUUCUAGUUCUACCUUAGGCAUGAAAGAACAGCUGGGUGACUUUGGGUCAGUCACUCUCAACCCAACCCACCUCACAGAGUUGUUGUGGAAAAAUAGGAAGAGUAUGAAGUAUGUUCACUGCCUGGAGUUACUUAUAAACAAGAAUAAAGGUGAUAUUCUUUUUUUAAAAAAAUCAAACCAAUCGUUUUAGGAAGAGCUCAGCUCUCCCUCGGCCCCUUCUCUUUCCCUCUUGAUUCUUCUCCCACCUUUGGAGUUCCAAAUCCCAUCUUUUCAAUUGCAAUACAUGCAGAGCACAGACUAUUCUUUCUGAUAUCUCCGGGCCUCACUCCCCCGUCCCAAAAGAAAAAGAGGGAGAGAGAACAACGUAACUUAACCGAAGAAGUGGAUUCCUCCAACCAAGAACAGCCUUUCCCAACUGGCGCCCUUUAGUUAGGUUGGAUCCAACU